AUGAUGCAAGUACAACAGCAAGCCAGAGUCGCUCUUGGCGAUGUGACAACGCAAAUCAACAAUAGGGCUAACCGGUUUGAGGAUCAUGAGGGCAAGAAAGCGUAUGCGAACAGCGAGACCUUGAAAUCCCACGAUGGAGUAUCGAUGAAGGAGAAUAACGCCACUUGCUACGCAUCAAAGGCUGUAACGGGCGAAGCAGAUCAGAGGAUACAACGUUUCCAGCAACCUGAACAUGCUGCAUUUCUCUCUUCUGGAAACACAGUGAAUACACAUUCUCGGAUAAUGUCCUAUGAUAAAGAGGCAGAGAUCAUCAUCCCUAACGAUAUGGACGACGAAGAUCUUGUAAGCGGCACAGAAGUUGUGGAGCUUGAUGAUGACGACGACGACCGAGAUACAGACGAUGAAUCGAUAGACUCUAAGGAUAGAGGAGGAGUCGCAGAUGAUAAGGAUUUCACCCCGUUACUUCCUGUGGUAACAGAAAACUCAGAGAGACUAUACGCGUACGUAUACAAUAGAUUACAUCGCGAUGAACCUGAUCCCCAAGAUGAAGACACAUGGGACCCAGUAAUGGUAUCGGAAUAUACCACUGAUAUUUUCAAGCAUUUAAGAUUCUUGGAGGUAAAAUUCUCGCCAAAUCCAAGGUACAUGAAGCACCAACCAGAGCUUACGUGGAAUUACAGGUCUACCUUGAUAGACUGGAUUGUGCAAGUUCAUGAUCGGUUCCAGUUAUUGCCAGAAACUCUAUUUUUAUGUAUAAACAUUGUCGACAGAUUUUUAUCCAAACGACAAGUAACAUUGAACAGGUUACAACUAGUAGGGGCCGCUGCUCUUUUCAUUGCAGCCAAAUAUGAAGAGAUCAACUGCCCAACCUUAAAGGAUAUGCUGUACAUGCUGGACAACGCAUACUCUAGGGAAGAAGUUCUACGGGCAGAAAGAUUUAUGAUCAAUACGCUAAAUUUCGAAUUCGGCUGGCCGGGACCGAUGUCAUUCUUAAGAAGGGUUAGCAAAGCCGAUGACUACGAAUAUGAUACUAGAACAGUUGCGAAAUAUUUAUUAGAGACCUCGAUAAUGGAGCCAGAACUUGUGGCGGCUCCUCCUUCGUGGCUCGCGGCAGGUGCCUACUACUUGAGUAAAAUCAUUAUUGGAAUCACAGGCUGGUCCGAUGAUCACAUAUACUACUCCGGUUAUACAGAGGAACAAUUGAUCCCAUUGGCGACAAUGAUAUUGGACUCUUGUAGACAUGCAAGUACACGUCACAAGUCAAUACUGGAAAAAUACUCCAGGUCCCGCCAUAGAAAAUCAGCUUUAGUUGUCUCUAAAUGGAUUUCUAUCGCUGAAAGUCGAUUACAACAAAAGUAA